GCAGUGUCUGAAGGAACUGCCACUACUCGUGUGGAAAUUAAUGAAGAUAUAACCAACCCUUGUUUAUUCUACGAGGUCUUCGCAGAAGCAGGAAAAGCAAUAGAUUUUCACUUAUUGGGUCUACCAGUAGAAAUGAAAUCUUGUGAUAUCAUCCUGAAAUUAAGAUUAACGACGGAAAUAACUGAAGUUUUAAUCACACCUCGCCGAAUAUGGACAUAUUCUAAUGAAACUACAUGGCGCUAUGUUACUCAAUCAUCGGGCUUUCGAAGUAUAAUGGGUCUUGUGUUCUUCGAGUGUUCUGACUUCGUUACACACCUUGCUUUUCAAUGUGGAAUACAUGCUCAACAACAUCUGUCUGAAGUACGCCUAAUCGGCCCUGUUAUUGUACCUGUGAACAGAGGCACUCAUCUGUAUCAGUGGGAUGUAAAUAUAAAACCCACACCAUCAGGCAGUCUUCUAAAAUGGUUUUUACAAAAUGAUGAGGAAAAAAUUACUGCCAAUACAAAGCUAAUAACAAGCAGAAGACUUAUUCCUGGGAAAUACAAGUUGGAAGUCACAGUUUCAAACGCUUUUGGGAACUUGAAUACAUCCAUGUCGUUUGAGGCUGCUGUAACUCUUGUAGCAUUAAAUUUUACCUUUACUAAUUUGUUUGUGAACCAAACUAGCAUUCUUUCUGUAACUAUCAAUCAGUAUGCUCCACCAACUCAGAUUUUCGUUGAUUUUGGAGAUAGUACUGUGUAUGACUCGACUCUUGAUCAAUCAUUUUUCAUACAUGAACCCCUUGGAAAUUUUUCAUCAACUUUCAUUGUUCAUCAUUUAUAUUCAUCAGCUGGAGUGUAUGCAAUGUAUCUCAAUGCAUCAAAUACCAUCAGCAGUUUUGAGCAUUGGUCAGUUGCAGUUGUUGAGAUUCCAAUAUCAGGAAUAUAUUUGCAGCUUUUAUCCCCAUCUGUUGUUGCUUUGCUUGAGGAGGUAGUUGUAAAGUGCUCAGUCGAGCAUGGAUCCAAUCUCAGAUUUGAGUGGGAUUUUGGUGAAGAUAAUGAUGGCCAGUACACAACAGUUGAAAGCUUUGAGACUGUUAGUGUAGCUAAUCACAGUUAUGGUAUUGCGGAUAUGUAUCAUGUUGCUGUGCGUGUUUUCAAUGACUAUGAAUCUGUUGUUGUUCAUCUAAAUACGUCUAUCCAAGCAGUAGAGCCCAUAGAACAGCUGCAUUUGCGACUACGUUCAGGACUGUAUGCUGCUCCUCUCUUUGAAGUAAAAAAAGAAUUCAGUAUUAAUGGCAGCAUUCAGUAUUCUACUGAGCCCAUCACAUUUGAAGCCUGGGUGUUCAGAGGAUCAGAUGUUCAAUUUCUUUUUGAUUUUGGUGAUGGAACAAGUGAACUGGUGCCUUCUGAAAAUGUCUGGUCUGUGCCAACUGCAAGUGUGGAACAUUCAUAUAGUGCUGAGGGCAGCUAUGAAGUGUCUGUGAUAGCUACAAAUUUGCUUGAUUCCAUGAAUGAGACUCUUGAUCCUGCAUUUUAUGUCCAGUUUCUUCCAGAAGGCCUUACACUUGAUAAGCAGUAUUAUAUUGUUCCAUAUUCUAGCAAUGUAAGUGUACAUGCAUCAGUAGUUCAAGGAACAAAUGUAUCAUUCAGCUGGGUUGUUGAUAGUACUCAUCUUAAUAAUACAGAUAGUGCAAUAGUUUUGCCUUUACUUCAGCCAGGUGUUUACAUUGUCUAUGUUGAAGCGUUUAAUUAUGUUACAGAUUUUGGAUUUAAAAUAAUAAAUAGACCUAAAGCAUCUGCAAAAAUCUAUGUUCAACAAAUAUUACAAGAUAUUAUUUUGUGCUUAGAGCUUGAUGGCAAAGCAGUUUGUGAUCUGCAGAAAAUAGAACUUCCAUUAGAUGUUCCAGUAAAAUUCAAAGCUAAAAUAUCUCCAUCUACUGAAAGAGCUCUUCGAUUUAUUUGGAAUGUAGGAUUACCUGACAUGAAAAGGACAAAUGUUCCAUUUUUGGAACAUCGAUACCUUCAUGCUGGCUGGUAUGAAGUAAACAUGACAGCUCAGAAUCAUAUAAGCAGUGCAUCAUCAUCAUCAUUUCAAUUGCAUAUGAUUCAAAAAAUUGCCAAUUUGACAUCCAUCUAUUGUCAAGGGCCAAAUCUAGUAAAUCAUACUAUUACCUGUCAUGCUCUCUAUUGGUUUGGGACAGAUCUAACUUUCUUAUGGGAUUUUGGUGAUGGUUCUUCGCAUGUAACUACUACUUCUGCAUCUGUUCAGCAUUCCUAUAAGGAUGUCGGAGAGUACUGGGUGUCUGUAAAUGUGUGGAAUAAAUUUAGUCAUGCCAACAUCACUACAAAUAUAUUUUUCUUGCAUUAUAUGUGUGAGAAGCCUGAAAUCACAUUCCUUCAUCAGAAGAAUAGAGUUGUGAGUUUUUUGAGUGAUGUUUUCAUAGAAGCUGUUGUACUUACUGCUUGCAAGAGCACUAAUGUGGAAUACACAUGGGUUGUUCAAAAUGAAUUAAAUAUCCCUGUUGAUAUUGACUUGCCAGAUUUAUUACAUCAGAGGCAACUUAUUAUACCACAUAAUAUACUUGAACCUGGAUUUUACACAGUUCAUCUAAAGGUUGAAAUGGUAGGCACUAUUGUUUAUGCAGCUGCUUCAACUAGCUUAGAGAUAGUACUGCCAAACCCAGUUAGUUUUAUAGAAGGUGGUUUUGUUCGUUGGAUGGGCUAUAAUGACACACUGGAAAUAGUAGCUGAUAUAAAUGAUGUAGCAAAUUUGUCUCAGUCAUUAAGGUAUCAUUGGACAUGCACUCCUCUUACCCACAAGCAUUUGCCUUGUUUCCGAGCAAGGGAACCGUCUGCAUUUUCAUCGCCAGAUAUUUCUAGAUAUUUUCUUCCUGCAUCACUGUUUACUUCAGAACUCACAGCUGUAGUUAUUAAUGUUACAGUAGAGGAUAGAAUGCGUGUGUCUGCCUCUCAAGUCAUCGAACUAAAAAAUUCAGCGCAUGUAUUGUUAAUAAAUAUUGACUGUCACCAUUGUCGUGAUCAUCAAGUUAAUCAAGAAGAUAAGAUUGAACUGAAAGCUAUUUGUACAAAUUGUGUGAAUAUGGACACUGAAUAUACAUGGAAAAUAUGGUUAAUUGAAGAGGGAAAACAUGAAUUGCACUUUAGUAAUUACAAAUGUGUUCAAGCUGAUGGUUCUACGUUUUUCAUUAUUGCUCCAAAUUCAACUGUUGCUGCUGUGUAUCCAAGGGAUAAUGAAACUUACACUCUUAAUGAUGAUGUUUUGGAAAAUUUAGACGGUUCUUAUCACUUCUCUGCUUCAAGCUUCAUUUCAACAGGGGAAAUGAACGAUAUUUCCAGUGAUGAUCUUCCUCCAUUUCCAGAUUUAUUGGGCUUUCCGGAAAAAAUUGCUAAUUCAUCAAUGGGUCUUCAUGUGAGUGAAUUAGUUCAUGAAAUACAUCAUCGUUCAGCAAGAGGUUUGCCAAAACCUCUAAAUACAGAUUUUCUUGAUCCUAUGUUAAGUCAACAAAUGCUGUCUGAAGGUGAAGCACAAUAUGAGGAUAAUCUAACCCUUAAUAGUUUUCCACAUCCUGAUUUUCUACCCUUGCAACCUCCUGGUUUAGGAAGCCCUGAUUACCUGAUAACUGAAGAAGGACAACCUGGUGAAAGUGGGAGUGCUGCUGCCAGAGAUCAAAGUAUUCAACAAAUAGGAGCAUUUUUAUCAGAAGAUGAAGACCAUAUACUUGAAGAAGCAGGAAAACCUCGAACAAAGUCUUCAAAUACUAACAGUGUUUUAGUUAAUGAUCCAUAUGGCUUUGGUGACCCUCUUAGAGACAACAUAUUACAGCAAAAACCAUCUACUCCGCAUCUUGUUAACAGGCCAAAGAUUUUACUUUCUCUGAAUAAUAAUUCUACAACUACUGGUUUUAUAAAACAAUAUUUAAUAUUGAAACCUGGAGCUCUGAAGGUUGGAAACACAUAUUUAUUUCAAGUGAAUGCUAAAAGCAGUGUUGGUAGUUUGGAAGGUUCUGCUAUUCAGUAUUUCAAAGUGAAUGUUGGUCCUACAAAUGGCCGAUGCACUCUGAUGCCUGUAAAAGGGUAUAGUAUGAACUUCUACUUUGGAAUGCAUUGUUUAGAAUGGAAGAGUGAUCAUCAGCCAUUAUAUUAUGAAUUAAGUUACUCCCUUGUGGAUGAAGACCCAGGACAUCUAAUUUACUUCGGUUUAAAUAGAAAUGUAAAAUUUGUUCUUCCAGCUGGCUAUUCGUCUAAUACAUAUAAUGUGUAUCUCAAUGUAGUUGUAAGAGACAGUAUAGGAGCUGCUACAAAAGUCUGUUCUCUUGCACGAAUGGUUGAACCCUUACCUAUUGACACUUCAUUGGAACGUUAUAUCUAUAAUGAAACAUUUCAUCCUGGAUCUGAAUUAAAGAAAUUGUUAGGAGCGAAAAGGAAUCAAGCUGCUUUGCAUAGAAUUCAUGUUUUGUCAUCAUCUCUGAACAAUGUUUUAGAUGACUGGUUUCCAGCAGAUCCUGAUGGAAAAAUUCUGAGAGAAAAAAUCAGACUUAAAUAUUUUGAAGUUAUUAACAAUCUGAAAAUAUUAAAUAAGGUUGAAGCUGUGCAAGCUUUGUCUGCUCUAAGUGAAAUCAUUUCUGAUGUGCAAAAUAUAAACGUUUUUGAUCUUCAAAAGGCAUACAACAUCUACUUGAAAAUAUAUGUCCUUAGAUCAAGAUUGUAUGGUUCUUAUGCAUCUGCAAAACUGCAAUAUGCAAUAAUGGUAUUCUUAUCAAAAUUAGGCUAUGCAACACAGUCUAAUUCUGUGAGAAAUCAUGAAUUAAAUAGCAUAUCAAGAGAAUAUUUAAUAGAUGAGAUAAAGGAAAUUAUGUUGACAAGGCAUAAAAUAGAAGAUCCCAUUGAUAUCAUAGUACCUCAUAUAUUUAUUCGAGCUUUGUACCUGCUGAAAGAGAAUAGAUUCUUUUUGCAACUUAAACAAACAAAAGUUAAAAUAGAUGGUUUUAUUUUAAAGUCCAGAAAAGAAAAAAGUAGAAUCAAAAGAUGUCAGUCAUUUGAUUGCUUGCAGUCUAUAGAAUAUCCAUUAUUGAUAGCUCAGGAGUUUGACUACAUCACUAUGUAUCACAAUGAGAUGUUAUUAAAAGAUUCACAUACCACAAUAGUUUCUGUAGUGUUAACAUUGCUGUUUGAUGACCAGUUUGAACAAACAGAACAUUAUUUAAAUUUCACUGUUUAUUUUCCUCGCAACCAUACCUAUCAGUGUAUAAAUAAGACAUUGCUGAUGGCUGAUCAGAUGAAUGUGCAUCAAGUAAAUAUAACCAAGUCAGAUCUGUAUCAUUCACUUUUGUUCCAUGUUAAGUUAAAUUCCUUGAAAAGAAGUGAAAAUGGAAAUAAUUUGAACAUUUUGUUCAGGUAUGAAAAUAUGCCAACACUUCAGAUGUAUGAUAUGAAAGUAAGUUCCUCUGAUGAUGCUAGUGAGUUGAGUAUGUUUAUUCCACAAGAAAACAUAAAAGCUCCUGGUAUGUAUUACUUCGCUAUAAUAAACCAAAAAUAUGAAGAGAAAAAUGUACCUCUUCAAGUUAUGCAUGAAUAUGAUGCAUUUCUAUGGAAAGAAUUAUGUAUGGGAAAGAGUAGUGGCUUCUGGUCUGCUCAAAGCUGUUCUGCAUUGGAAACAUCAAAUUAUGACUGGAUUCAUUGUAGGUGUUCUUCACUGGAAGUAACAGCAUAUUCAGCUCCUCUACAUUCAUAUCUUGAAAAGAUUCCCAUUAGUGAACUGGCUGAACCAUACUUUAACCCACUGCCACUAGCUAUGUUUACUUUUAUCAUGAUUAUAUAUUAUCUGCUGCUUUUGUGGAAUUUUCAAAAAGAUAAAAUACGAAAUCUGGCAUCCUCUCCUAUUCCACUUCGAGAUAAUUGUCAGGAGUACAAACAAUUUUAUAUUAUACGUGUAGAAACUGGAAUGUAUUUUUCAUCAGGAACCACAGCUUCAGUAUUUGUUGUUCUGCAUGGUAUAAAUGGUAUGACUGAGACCCGACAGUUAAUUGGCACUAAUUCAGAAAUGUUUUCUUUUCAAAGAGGAUCUGUGGAUACUUUUUUGAUGAGUACGGAAAAAAAUCUUGGUCCACUCAUAAAAUUAGAGGUGUGGCAUAAUAACCAUGGAAAAUCUCCAGCUUGGUAUUUAAAAGUUAUAACAGUGAAGGAUGUGGAAACAGGUACUAGCUACUGUUUUGAUUGCUAUACCUGGCUAUCAGCUGAAAGAGGAGAUGGCCAGAUUGAACGUGAGUUGACAGUUAAUGAUACUGUACCACGCUUCAGCAAAGUUUUUUUGGAAAAUUUGAUUUCAUAUAUCCAUGAUUUCAAUAUGUGGAAUUCAGUCAUUCGAGAAUCUCCAGCUUCUUUUUUUACUGGAGUUCAAAGAAUUACUUGCUGUCUUAGCUUCUUGUUGAACUGUGCAUUUAUUCUGUCUGUGCUUCAAGAAAAAGAAUUUGAAGAGCUUCUGAAAUCUUGUCACCUACCUCAUUUAUCACAUGAAACUUUUCUCAUUUGCUUUUCUGUGGCAGCUGUUGCAACUGCACCUCAGGUGCUGUUAACAUUUUUAUUCCGUUUUUCACGUCCACCAGUUACGCAUCUAGAUCCAAAAUUCAAUGCAUUGUUUUUCUCAUUUUCUUUCCAAAACCUAUAUUGCUGGUUCCAGCCUAAGCGUUCCAAUUCCAGUAAUUCUGUUAGAUCUUCUUCCUCAGUUGAAGACAGUGACAGUUUAUAUAGCAGUUUGGGUGAAAGUAGUCUCUUAUCUGUUCCUGUUGGUUUGGAAGAAAGUUUCACAACUGAUGAAAAAGAUGAUCUUCCAGUCUCUGAAUCUUCUGAUUUAAGUGAUCCUGUUUCACCUCUUCAAAAAACCAUAACAACAUGGCAAGCAUUUGAGAACUGGCUGAGAAGAAAACAUAGUUUGAUCAUACAUUCAGAACUUAUAUCUGGAAAACAUCAAUCAUAUAUGGAAAAAUCUGACUCUGAAAUUAUACACAACAGAAUUUUUUUAGAGGAAAUGGAUCAAGAAAUAAAUACGGACACAGAUGAUAGUCCAGAUUUGCAUUUUGAUGCAUCUGAUCCCAGGCAUAUUGCUCAAGGUUCAAAUGAAAUAAACUAUGAUGUAUCAGAAAGAAGUUAUUUUGUAGGUAGUGGAACUGAUUUAAGCUCUAAGCGUUUAUAUGCUCCAGGUGCAUAUUUCCAUCCUUUCUUUUAUUAUGCUGCCUGGCUAAUUGUAUCCUGCAACAUAAUUAUUUCUUUAACAUUAACAGUCGUCAAAAGCUACAGGUUUACUAUACCAGAAUGUUUGCAUUGGUUUAAAAACAUAUUCAUUACUAUGGUGUACUCAUUUUCAGUAGUAACUCCAUUUGCAAUUCUAUUGUUCUGUAUUAUAUCAUCAUUGAAAAUUUAUCUCAGUAAGAAAAAGUAUCUCCCACCUGCUGCUGCAGUUCAUUCUUUAAAAGAACGAAAUAAGUAUGGAAUAGAAAUUGUUGAAACAACUUACAAGAGGAUUGAAUAUUUUAAAAAAUAUCUAAGACCUCCAAAAGAACAGAUUUUGCAGCAGUUCAGAAAAUAUGCUGUGAAAGAAAAGAUUGUCUGUGCUAUGUAUAGUGAAAUUUGGAAAUACAUAUCAAUGCUGAUUUUAUUGGUUGCACUUUCACUUCCUGAGGACACUCAGUCCAGGUAUCUCCAAGGAACAUCAAUUCAGAAACUCUUUUUGAAGCCAAAGGAUAUUUCAACUUGGAAAUCCAAAGAGGUGUUAAACGAGUGGCUAAAAUAUGACUUUAUCAGUCACUUCUAUAAUGAUUCUGAUUGCCUUGGUCAGCAUAUGGAAUGUGGAAUCAACAGCCUGACAGGUUGCAUAACAGUUGGAAGUAUUGUCAUAAGAAAUUUUAAAAACUCUACAGUAUGUGAUUUAUAUUCACAGAUUUUAAAUCAGUGUGAAGUACUUAAACAAACAGAUGAUGCUAACAAAUCUAACGAAUCAAUUUCAAAUUAUGAACGCCGUUUGCUUAAUGGAUAUUAUAACCAGUAUUAUAUGGAAGAUGAGUUAUUGAUCUUAAAAGAUGAAAAAUUGGAAGCUGUGGUUCAACUGGAUUCUGUUCUGCAAUGGCUAAAUGGCUCAUCUGAAGCAAUAAGUCUUGAAUUCCUUUUGUUUAAUCCUUCUUCUUCUACAUUCAUUUCCAUCUCUGUACUGUUUGAAAGUUCUCCAUUGGUGCCUUUGGUAGUAAAUCAGAACAUUCUAUUUGUAAAAAUGUAUAGUAAUUUUGAUCUCUAUGUAAAAUUUAUUUUAUAUCUAAUUUUUCUAUUGGUCACUGUUAUAAAUUUUAAAAACCAAUUAUGGAAUAUGCUUAAGCAUGGAUCAUUUUACUGGAAGCAGUACUGGAAUUAUUUUUUACUUACUUUCAGUAUCAUAUCUGUAAUAUUUUUAAUUUUAUAUGGAAUUUAUAUUAUUCAUUAUAUAUUUGCUUUAAAUAAGUUUUCUGAAAUGUGCCUUAGUUCAAAUUUAAACUUAACAAAUGUGGCUUUACUAGAGAUGAUCAAUCAUGAUUUGAUGGCAUUUCUUGUGUUUUUGCAUUUGCUUGGAUCUUUGCGUGUUUUUUCAUUUAGUUGUCGGCUUAGAAGAUUAUUAAAAAGAUUAAUUAAUGUCUGGAAACAGAUUGCAGUAGUAUCUUGUGCAUUUUUACUUCUUGCCUCUCUUUGUAGCUUGAUAGAUAGAAAUUUUGUUGGAGAAUCUCAUAAACAUGCAAAUCCUCUGCUUAAUAUUAUAAAAUGUAUUAAUUCAAUAUAUAAGAACUGUAGAAAGCCGGAAAUUAUCAGUGCUGGCGAAAAUGUGAGUAGAUAUUUUUCAACUCUAAAUUUAUUCUGUAUUGCUGCCAUUCACAUUGGUUUGCUAGCCAUCAUAAGAUCAAUUUUAAUAACAGUCAAAUGCCCUAAUAUGAUGCAAAAGGAAAAAAUAAGCUUCCGUGAAUCAGCUAAAGUAAUCAAACGAAAGCUUUUAUCAUGUUUUGAUCCAGGAGUUCCUCAAGUUAUAGCAAAAGAUGAUUAUGUACUUCCCAUUGAAUUUUUGCUUCUAGAAUUGGAACGGUUAUCUGAAAUGCUUUUGAUUAAAGCCAAUUAUCUGUUUUCUGAGAAUGAAGAAAAUAAUAAAACUUCUACUUUAAAUAAUGUGUACUUUGAAAGUAUUGAAGAAUAUUUUAAAUCUGAAGAAGUACUAAAAUUGAAAAACUUAUGUAAUGUAAAGUCAUUAGAUACUGAUGAUUUAGCCUCACAGUUACCUACAUCAGAUAAAAGCUCUUGUAUUCCAGACCUGAUGACCGAAAGAUUAACCGCUACUAUACCUCGACAAAGUAAACCAAAAGAAAAGAAAUUCCUCCCAAUAAGUCUUAAUGCAUCACUGGCGUCACAAAGAAAAUUUAACAAAAAUCAGAACGUUGAAUCUGAGACUUCAGUGCAGUCUCACAAAAUACGUAAAACCUAUCCUUUCUUUCAGCUUGAAUCAGAUUCAUCUUCUACUGAAACACAAACUUCUUCAGAAAAAGAUUUAGCAAAUGAAUUACCAAUAAGAAAAACAAAAUCUAUGGGCAAAGGAAAAAUUCAAGAAUUUCGCCUAAAUACAUUAAAAGACUCCUAAAAAAAUAAUUAAAAUAUCCCAAGAGGACUUGAUGACUAUACCAGACGUUUUUGUGCCUUCUUUCAGCAAUAAAUUAAGGCACUAUGUGGCAGUCACCUGGGUAUAGCACUAUUUUUUAAAAUUUGCUAAUGUUCAUGAAUCAAAUAAAGUUGGAAACAGUGAACUUUUGAAUGCAACACAGCGAUAAAAAGUGAAAUAAACUUCCUUCCAAUAAAUUUCUAUUCUUGAAAGAGCUUAAAUUUACUUUUGCCAAGUAAAAUUAUUUUACUUGUGCAGUGCUUAUAAAUGGCCUUAUGGAAAUUGUGUAUGUCCAAGAUGUUAAAACAGUUGUAUUAAUAUUUAACUGUGUCCUCUGAAGAAAUUAAAAUACAGUCUUUUAAAAGAAAAGUAGAUUUAUAUCUGAUAUUAAAACCUCUGAAUUGUAUAAUCUGAUAUGUUAGUUUAUAAUUUUAUAUUCAUCAUUUCAUUAUAAUUUAUUUGGCAUUUACAUUCACUUUUGUUUUUAUACUUAUUUUAUACAUAUUUUUAUACUUAUGUAACAUUCAAAUGCAUCAA